AUGUUAUUCAACGGGAUCACUGGACCUAUUAAGGCCAGGAUCUUUGCGACGACAUUGACUGGUCAAGCAAUGACCUGGAUAACCAGGCUCCCUAGGAACUCAAUUGACUCAUUUGAGGACCUAGCUCAGACUUUCCGACUUAACUUUGCAACAAGCAAGGUGCAUCUGAUGUCAACCUAUGCUUUGGGAAGAAUCAGGCAGAAGGAGAACGAAUCGCUGAGGAAGUACCUCGAUCGAUUCAAGGAUGCCGCCCUCAAGGUACGAGGGUUAACUGAAGCAGUGCACCUCCACUUAAUCAUUUCGGGAUUGGAUGGCGACUCCCCAUUGGCGAGGUCUAUCAAUAAGAACCCGGUGAACAAUCUGGAGGAGUUCAGGAGAAGGUCGGACAAAUACAUUGACAUGGAGGACAUGCAAAAGAUCUACGUCGAAUCACGAGGACGAAGCCCUACACGUCGGAGCCCGAGUAAGAAAAACAACAAAGACCGGGACCAUAAAGAAUCCAAAAAAGCAAAGGACACUCGUGAUAAGAGGUCGAAAAACCGAUCACCAAGGAGGAAGUAUGACGAUUAUACACCUUUGAACGUGUCCAGAUCCAAGAUAUGGAAAGAGGGCAAGAAAAAUAAUAAGCGAAAGCAAAGAAGCCGAAGUCGAAGCCCAAAGAGAGAGGAUCGAAAGGAUCAAAGACAAGACCGACCUGCCAAAGGCAAAAAGGUCGACGAAAAGGACGAAGCUCUUCCUGAAUCCGAAUUCGAAUGCAACGUGAUAAGUGGAGCUCUAGGUGGGGGAGGAGACUCCGCAAAUGCCAGAAGAAAGUACCUAAAAGAGGUCAUAUCUGUAAGAGACGUGCCGACAUUCAAAGGGAAAGACAACAAACCUGCUCCCCUGAUACUGUUCUUCACUCAGGAGGAACUAGCAAUGGUCGUACCUGGACACACUGACGGAUUGGUGAUCACCGGAGUGCUAGUCAAUUGCCGAGUGAAGAGAAUCUUUAUUGACCACGGAAGCUCAGCUGACAUAAUUCUAUGGGAUGCUUUCCAGAGGAUGAACCUGGAUGAGAAGGACUUGAAACCAUGCGUCACCGAGCUGGUCGGGUUCAACGGAGCGGCGUCCCCUUCAAAAGGCUACAUCGACCUAAAUUUGACCUUGGGCACGAAGGACUCGUUCUGA